ACUUUUGUAAGAUCUUUGACGACGUUCAUAGGAAGCAGUCACUUUAUUAGGGAUUUGUUGAGCUGUGGUUUGGUCGUCAGCAGGGGGGAAAUAAACGAAAGUUUAGUUCCAUGUAAGAAGUGAACGUUUGAAGACGCACAGCAGCGCACAACAUGUGUCAAUAAUCGCUUGACGCUUGACUCCAAACACCAGCCAUGCUCUGGUCUCCGGAAGAGGAUGAAGAAGACGCCUGCCGACAUCCACAUAGAAAGAUGAAUGUCCUCGAUGGAUUAGAGGUGUUCAUCCCAGAGGAGGCUCAAGUGAAGAGCAUAGCAAUUUGGACUUUACCAUCCUCACUGGUCCGAGCAAUUGGCCUCCCCACCACGGACCCCAAUGGCACAGACGUGAUUGCAGAUUCCCCACGAGGCAUCUGGAUUUGUCCAGUGGUCUUGCGAAGCAAAGGCCAUGGAUCAACACAACGAAAUGCAUCCUCACUUCUGACGGCUGAGUUUCAGCUCGCUCAGAGCCCCAUGAAAAUAGCCUUUGUCUCUUCUAGCGUCGAGGCUUAUAACGUGUUGAGGGACAAUGCGUCAGGGAGGGUUGCGACCCGCCCCCCUCACACCGCCCUCUUGUCUCCAGAAGUGGCGCUUGACAGCUGUGAGGAUUUUAUCAUCAUUUACAACGAGCAACUUUACCUGGCGAUGAGAAACGUCAAACCGAGCCAACAGUUGACACGCAGAGCCCAGCAGCCCGUCGCUCGUUCAGCAUCACCAGCUGAGAGACAGGAGAAGGUGAAUGACAGUGAGCCGGUGGAGCAGCACAUCACAUGCGAGGACCCGUGUGGCGACAAAGCAGAACAAUUUAUUGACAAAGAAGCGGAUUUGUCACCUCCGACUGAUGAUAAAGAAACGGAUUUGUUCCCUCCAGCUGGUGAUGAAGUGCAAGAAGACUGGAAUGCCGAUCCAAAUGACAACCAGCAGUGGACCAUGAGUCUGACUGUGGAUUCGGACUUUUGCUCGACACUGAGAGAUGACUUUGACUUUAAUGAGCUCGAGCAACGGGAAAAGAUCGCACAGAUAAAAGCCAAAUUAAAACAGACCGAGGCCGCUCUCAACAGCCUCCAUACCACGAAAUGAAAAGUUAAAGUGUAAGAAAUGACGUUUCUCUUGGCUGAUUCAAUGUUGCGUCAUCCAGCAUUGCAAUGGAAUAUUUUAUUCUACAACAGUUGGUGGGCAAAAAAGGCGUGCAUACUUAGCGGUGAAGCGGCGUGAUGUGAGGCACCCGGCGGUGUCAGUUUGCGUAUCCGGCCAUCAUCUGACACUGCAAUGUCAAUGGGAAUAUCAGAGGCCACUAGGUUUAGAGGACGAGGGGGGCUUAGCAGCAAAUAACAUACAUGGUGGAUCCCCCCCGUGUUUGUGACUCUUAUGAUCACACCCCGUAUAUUUACACAAUAUACCACAUUUAUAGAACAUGCAGGCCGGGGUAGAAUUCUGACAAGAACUCAGAAGCCCUGUCAGAUAUCAAAACGUGGGGGAAUCAAUGACAGAGUCAUUUUUGCCCUCACGCAGGGCAAAAGGGCAGGUGUUCGUGCACCGGGGGGGAAUAUUCGGGACGUGCACGUGCCCGAAAAUUCCCCCAUCACGAAGACAAAAAAUGAUCAAACCCAAGAUCUCCUUUGGCGCUAUAAAACACAAAACGUGUGGAACACGCAAUACAUGCACUUUCCCAGCAUGCUUUGCGGAUUAUACCCGAGUAUAAAAUAGGAGUUUUGCAUGUAUGCGCUGUGUCAGUGUUUAUUUUGAUCCUAGCAUAGUCUGUGCGGUUCAGUUUCACACACUGUUUUGGGUUUUGGUAGCAUGGUGACUGAGGGAGGUAUGUUGACUCGUCGCCUCCUUGUGGUUUGAGCAUUAAGAAUCUUGGGUGUGACGUUUGCAUUUGUCCUGCAAUUGCUGUGUAACACUGAUUGCUUGUUGUAGACUUAGCCCAAGCUUGAUUGAAGUGUUGUAAAUGGACAUAGGAAUGAAUGUUAUGAUUACUUGCAAUAUAUGUACACUAUAUAUAAUUUGUAAUAAAAGAAGAACAAGUUAUUUGGGGGGUGUCAGCUAUAGAGGCAUGAUGGCUAGAGGGACGUCAUAGGGGAGAUCCUCGUGGACCGGUCUUGAGCAGUCCUGCGUGUCAUGGAACUCUUCGUCCCAAGGCGUGGGCUCGUGUUUAAGGUAUUCCAUUUCCUGAUCAACCUGAGCUACGUGCCUCAAAAUCUGAGUAGCUGCUAGACAGUCAAGGUGGUUUACUGAGGCCUUUUGGUUGAUGACCGUCUAUGGGUUAAAGGUCAGGAACGAAAAAGGAGUGACAUUGGUGCAGUGGUUAGAGCUGUAGCUUUUAGUUGAGCUCUUUUAAAGAGAUGGAGUACUUAAAUAAUCCACAUGGUGGCGGAGGUACCUCAGUCACAGGAGCGUCCAGAUGAAAACACUAAUGAAGUGCUUGGGUCUGUUAGGCACGCAGUGCGGGGAAACUCGUAUUCACGAUUGGACAUACAAUUCUAAAAGUUUGUAAGGAUGAGGAUACAUUUUGCGGUCUUGAGUUUUACCUUGACAGUAAAGAAGACAGAGAACUCUCCAGAUUGUGAAUUUAUUCUUCAAAUUUGAAUCUUUCCGUCCGUUUUCAAUACCUCAUUAGUGUCCUGGGUGAGCUAAAGCCUUUUCCAGCUUGACUUCAGGCGAGAGGUGUGAUAUAUACAAGACGCUCACAUUCACAAUUUAGGAUUUCCAGUUAACCUAACAUGCGGCAAUGAAAAUAAUGCAGCCAAAGUAUUGCUGAAUUUACUUUUUUAUCACACAGCAUGACCAACAAUAUUGUUUGGCUUUUGUAACUAACCUCUGCGAGCCAGGUCCCUAAUCCAAUAAAAGAUCCAAUAAAAGUACGUCCAAUAAAAGAUACGACUGGAAAAAAUGGGCGUGAAAAACCCCGUUAGGAUCGGACUAAUCAUGGCUCAAUUUUGUGGUGUGAUUUCGAAUAUGUUUUAUUUUUUUAACAAACUCUCUUAAUCCGUUUUAUAUUUUUCCCAAAUUCCAUUUUAAUUUUUUUGAAUUCCGUUUUUUUUUUUUUACCUUUUCCUCUUAUUUUACCAGCAUAGAGUGUGUGCUAUUGGGGUUAGUGAAUAAAAUGUCCAUGAAUGGAAAUGCAAAAAUCCUUACAUUUAUUGAUGCAAUUCAUUAUUGGCUCAUCUUGUCACACACACACACACACACACACACACACACACACAGUUGCACUACGGUCUGCUAAACUACGCUCACCCCGCUAGCUUCCAUUCACGCUCCGUAACAAAGGGGUUUCCAAGGUUUCCACUUGUUUAGUAGUGUUUGUGAUGAGAUUCCGUCACGAUUGAGCGUUUUCUUCUCGCGGGUGGCGAGAGUCGGGCGGCAACCAGCUUUGAGGCGCAUUACCGCACCUACCGUGUUGGGGUGUGGCCCAGAGUUUACCGAUAGUGAUGUGUCGGUCGCGAACGAAUGGGCUCUUAAGAGCCGGUUCUUUGAAAUGAACGACACAAGCCGGUUGGGAGCCGAUGAGUUAUUUCCUCGUCGUUUUUUUCUGUUAAAGGCGAAUGUCAAGAUUUGUGGCGGCGGCGCUGUGUCCACACUGAGCAGGGGGGAGGGGCGGGGUUAAACACCCUGUGUUGCUCUGAAAGCCGAUUUGUUUGUGAGGAAUUCGCAUGAAGAGAGUUGACCAUUUUUGACGUGAUUUGUCUAUUGAGAUGGCUCUUUGUUUUUAUAACAUAACAUUAUACUUGUAUUAUAUACUUUUGUAGCUGUUCAUUGAGGUUUAAAUAAAUCCAUUCAAAUAAUGAACAUUUGAUAUCAUGUUUUCUUUACAUCGGUAAGUCAUUUUACACAAUACACAGAAUUUGGUGAUAAAUCAAUUUAAGACAACAACCAAAUCUGAGGAGCCACUUGGGAGCUGAAAGAGCUAACUAUUUUUAGUGAGCCGAUCCUAAAAAACCAGCUCUCUAAAACGAGCCGAAAUAUCCAUCACUUCCAACAUUAUACGACAACUGGAUCGGCCCGAUGUCCUGGCGGAAGCCGAUAUUAUCCACUCUUCAAAAUAAAGGCGAUCGGCAGCCAAUCCCGAUCCUGAAGCUCUCGGGACAUCCUAACUACUAACGAGUGCACUUCCACAUUUCACAACCGAUCCAGACCGUUCGAAAGUUACAACUCAUUCAGGACAUUUAGCCUUCCCCGGUACAUUGCGCUAUCAUGCUAGGUGUUAGCAUGCUAACGUUAGCGUGUUAGCGUUACUAACAUUUUUAGCUAUUUUCAUGGCUAGAAACAUACAGUAUAUCAACACUUAGCAUUGCUAGCAUGUUAACAUUUGCUUAGUAGCAUUUUUAGGCAUGUUCAUAGGUAGACACUGAUAUGAAGGCUUAGCACUAUCAUGCUAGGUGUUAGCAUGCUAACGUUAGCAUGUUAGCCUUACUAAAGUUUUUAGCUAUUUUCAUGGCUAGACACAUACAGUAUAUAAACACUUAGCAUUGCUAGCAUGU